ACGGAAGAAUUUAAUGCUGUUUCUCAAGAUCUCCUUGAAGCUUGCGCUGGUCCCGUACAUUCUUCUCUAUCCAGCCAGCUUUCCAAUUUAACCGUUAUUGUAACUGGGCUGGUCCAGCGGGCGCAGCUCGCUCGUGAUGAACUAGAGGCCAGUUGUCGUCUCGUCGAGGAUCUACAUUGUGAAUUAGGUGACACAAUUCACUUUCUCACACAAAGUGAGCGGGAGCUGAGUCUGGCCCAGCCGGUCAGUCGGCUUGUGUCGCGUGUUGUCCAGCAGGUAGCGGCACACGCCCAACUCCGUCGCAACAUCACCGCCUACCGAACCAAUUUGGUACGCCUAGACGCCGCAGGUGCCCAUGUCCGCCUAGGCGCCCAGAAGAAAGAUGUCGUUCUAGUACGCAAUCUAUUAACAAGUGUUCAUACACGUUGGGAAAAACUGGUUGCCCGAAGUGCUGAGCGGACCCGGCAGCUUGACAUCGGCUACAAGGUUCUUUCUGGCAAAUUUAUCACAUUUUUUAACUAUGGCUUUGCCUUUUUUUAUUCACUCAGAGAUUGCAUGCUUGCUGUCCUAAUUCUUACCACCAUCCUACUUUUACUUCUAUUCUUAUUCCUGCUUCGUUUCCAUCCAUUUAAAACAGCGAGCUAA